CAGAGAGAGACCUUAAGAGAAAACUCUGACCAGCUUCUUCUGCACUCUGAACACUGAACCUAAUUUACUGACUUCUUGGCACUAAGUCAAUUUUCAGACGACUCUUUCUGCCUUGGAAAGAGCCGAGGAAAAAGGCGUCUCCUGCUGGCCAAAUGAGCUAGGAGUACAGCCGAGGGGCCCUCAGGAGAGUCAUGGAACCCCAGAAGCUGGUGAAUGUAGGAUUUCUGCUGUGUUCCGUGAACUGCCUCUUGUUAGAGACUGUGGCUUCCCCCGCAUCACCUUUAUCUGCCUCUGAAACCCAAGACGCAGCAGGAUGGAAACCACGGUCAAGGGGUGUGCUUGCCGUGAGGAUGAAUCUUCCCAUCACCUCCGGAAGACGUAAGAUCCAUGUCUCAGAAAACCACAGGUCCUGGCUGAGCAACUUCAGGAAUUACUUGCACGAUCACAUCAGGAACUCCACACUUUCAGCAGCCAUUUUUGCUUUUCUGAUCACCGCAACCAUGAUGGGGAUCCUCUGUUGCCUCACUAUUCUUGUAGGUGAACCAGUCCAAUGAAGCACUAGAAAAUUCAGUUGGACAACUGUGGUGUUUG